UAGCGUCGAUAAUAAAUGAUAAUCGGCGCAACAGCUGGUUAUUUUAAUGCUUGCGAUAUGCGGUCACACUUGCCAGCGCAGGCGAUUUGUUUACGUUUUGUGUAGCACGUGUUUUUGUAUUAUUAUUAUUAUUAAUAAAUUAUUAGUAAUUGUAAUAAACGUGUUUUAAAUGGGUAGCAAAAUACCACCCCUAACCUACAAGGUUGUGGCCGAGUGCUCCGUGUCCAAGGCGCGCGCUGGCCUAAUGAUGCUGAGACACAGCGAAGUGCGCACGCCGGUAUUUAUGCCCGUGGGUACACAGGGCACACUGAAAGGCGUACUGCCAGAUCAGCUCAUCGAACUGGAUUGCCAGAUCCUGCUGGGCAACACUUAUCAUUUGGGUUUGCGACCCGGCAUCGAAACACUUCAACGCGCCGGCGGAUUGCACAAUUUCAUGGGUUGGCCACGGGCGAUCUUAACAGAUUCGGGUGGAUUUCAGAUGGUUUCGCUGCUGCAGCUGGCGGAGAUCGAUGAGCGGGGAGUCAACUUUCGUUCGCCCUUCGAUAACAGUGAGUGUAUGUUGACGCCGGAGCACUCGAUGCAAAUACAGAAUGCCAUUGGAGCGGACAUCAUGAUGCAGCUGGACGAUGUGGUGAAGACGACGACAACGGGUCCACGCGUCGAGGAGGCCAUGGAACGCACCAUACGCUGGGUGGAUCGCUGCCUGAAGGCCCACGCCCGCGACGACGACCAAUCUCUGUUUCCCAUUGUCCAGGGUGGAUUGGAGAUUCCGUUGCGGGAGCGAUGUGUGAGUGCCUUAAUGGAGCGACAGGUGCGUGGCUUUGCCGUUGGUGGGUUAAGUGGUGGUGAGAGCAAACACGACUUUUGGCGUAUGGUUCAUGUCUGCACGGAUCACUUGCCACGUGAUAAACCUCGUUAUUUGAUGGGCGUCGGAUUUGCCGCAGAUUUGGUUGUGUGUGUUGCCCUCGGCGUCGAUAUGUUCGAUUGUGUGUUUCCCACGCGAACUGCGCGCUUUGGUUGCGCCUUGGUGGACAGCGGACAGCUGAAUCUGAAGCAUCAGAAAUAUAAGCACGAUAUGGAGCCCAUUGAUGCGGCUUGUGGCUGUGGCACGUGUCGACGCUACUCGCGUUCCUAUCUCCACCACAUUGCCACCAACGAGAGUGUUUCGUGCUCCCUGCUCAGCGUCCACAAUGUCGCUUAUCAGCUGCGCCUGAUGGGCUCCAUGCGUGAAGCAAUCCAACACGAUAAAUUUCCACAAUUUGUGCGCGAUUUUAUGGAAAGGCAUUAUGGAAGCGAACCGAUUCCCAAUUGGAUUCGUGAAGCAUUAAAAGCUGUAAAAAUUGAAUUGGCACUUGAUUCAACGAAAGGAGAAGGAGCCGGCGAAAGUAGCAAGCAGUUGGUAAACUGAAAUAAUUGAUACCCUACAAUUGACGUAUUUACAUUUGUAUAUGAAAAAGGAAAGUGUAAAAAUUAAGAACGUAAGAGCAUUUCUAAUAAAAUAUCCAAUAUGACUAAACAAAA